AUUAGCUUCAACACAGCAGGUAUCUGUUGUCAUUGGCCUCAAAGAAGAGCUCUAGGGCAGGGAGCUCCGGCAUCACGAAAACCCAGCCCUUUCCUGCAAGAGUUGAGCUCACCCCCAUCAUCGCGGGUGGCCUCCAGCGCCCUGGGAGAAGCGGGAGUUGCAGACCCGCCCUUGGGGAAAAAGCGAAGGCUCAGAGGUUUUUAGAAGCCAGCUCAAGGUCAAGGUCGUUGGACUAUCAAGCUUGGCUCCUCUGAGGUCCCACUGUUUUCCAUGGAGGCCAGAGCCUGUCCUUCUGCAGGAGACCCCAAAACACGGAGAACUGAGCCUGAAAACACCAGGAAAUGGAACCAAACCUUUUCCCAGGCACAGUGUUCCACACUUUCCGGGGGUGGGGGAGCAUCUAUUCAACUCUGCGUGUUCCUCCCCCUCCUUUUCCUAAACCUGAGGAAUGACCUCACUUUGGGAUAAGAAGAGAAAAAGGUGGUUCUGCCACUGUUCAGGGAAACUGGUCUCCGCCCUAAGUAGACACAAGUCUAUUACUAUUUUUGAUCAUUAAUAAUUAUAAAAUAACAGUAUGAUUAUGACAAUAAUCAUAAAAUAUUUUAAAAAAAUCAUGGGUCCUUCAUACAUCGUUGUAUAAGAACCACAAAAUAAUCCCACAGGGAAACAGUGACAAUCCCCGAUGUGCGUUGUUACUGAAGAGGAAAUUGGGACCCUGAGUCACCUGACUGAGCUCCGCUGCCAGGACUGGGGUGAGGGCGGCGAGGUUUAGGGCGGCAGUCACCUCAGGGCCACGGGAGCACAGGGACGGAAGCUUCAAGAAAGGGCCACCGUGACCACUGCACCCUAACCCUUGACCGCUUCCUGGGCCUUUCUUUAGCAAAGAAAAAGCCAAGAUCCCAUUCUGGAGUUGAGAGCUGUGAAUCGAUAAGGGGCCACCAAGCUCAGCAAAAUGUUGUCACGGAAGGGACUUCCGUGAGCGGCCACCUGGGGGUCCUAGAGGAUGGGGUCGGGUCCCUUGGAGGGUCUCAGAUGAUGGAGCUGGAGAGCCUUUGUACCCUCCACUAUUUUGCAUUUUAUAUGUACGUGAGCUCGUCCCCACUUUGUUGCCUCCAAGCCGUCAGUGAAGUUUUAUUUCACCCUUUAGCCUGGGAUUGGUUGUGCUUUGACGUCAGCAGGUGCCCGCGUCCAUGCCGGGAACAGAGGCACCGGGGGAAUGGGAGACGCCUACGGGAAGCGGCCACAGGGACGUGGUCGCCUAAAGGCAGUAGUCCGGAGCCCGACGGCUGGCAGAGCCGACACCGGGAGGCGUCCGUUGACCAUAAGCCAUAGAGUCUAUCUUCUUCGGGACCGCAGAAGGGGUGACGAUGAGAGCUACGGUCAGCCCGUUUCUCGGGCCGGCGGGGACGGCGCGGCUCUCUGCACCCCAGCCCCCACGCCUGGCUGCCUGAAGGCCGGUCCUGCUCCCACCUGUUUCCUAUCCAGCACCGCUGCUUGGGGCAAAGAGGAUUCCAAGAGGGGGAACGGCAUCCUCUGGGCUCUUGGCCGCUCGGGACGGAUCAAUGAGAGACACCCGCCCUCGCUAAUUCAGUUUACUCAGCAGCAUCGGGGGUCUUAUUGGCGCAAGAGAAAAAGCCUCGUUGUGCGAAGACAGAACGUCCUGCCCUUCGCUCCCAGUGCCCGGGUUUUCCUGGUCGUGCCGAACGGCUCACCUUGAACCCA